UCUUCUUGCAGUGCCAACAACAUGCCCAAGCAGGUCGAAGUACGGAUGCACGACAGCCAUCUCAGCUCGGAGGAGCCGAAGCACCGGCCUCUGGGCCUGCGCCUGUGUGACAAGCUGGGAAAGAAUCUCCUGCUCACACUGACCGUGUUUGGUGUCAUCCUGGGGGCAGUAUGUGGAGGGCUUCUCCGCUUGGCAUCUCCUCUCCACCCUGACGUGGUUAUGUUAAUAGCCUUCCCAGGGGAUAUACUCAUGAGGAUGCUAAAAAUGCUUAUUCUGCCUCUCAUCAUCUCCAGCUUAAUCACAGGUUUGUCGGGCCUGGAUGCUAAAGCCAGUGGACGCUUGGGCACGAGAGCCAUGGUGUAUUACAUGUCCACAACCGUCAUUGCCGCAGUGCUGGGGGUCAUCUUGGUCUUGGCCAUCCACCCAGGGAACCCCAAACUCAAGAAGCAGCUGGGACCCGGGAAGAAAAACGAUGAAGUGUCCAGCCUGGAUGCCUUCCUGGACCUCAUCCGAAAUCUCUUCCCUGAAAACCUUGUCCAAGCCUGUUUUCAGCAGAUUCAAACGGUGACCAAGAAAGUCCUGGUGGCACCUCCAUCAGAUGAGGAAGGCAAUGCCACCAACGCUGUCAUCUCAUUAUUGAACGAGACUGUGACGGAGGCACCUGAGGAAGCGAAGGUGGUUAUCAAGAAGGGCCUGGAGUUCAAGGAUGGCAUGAAUGUCUUAGGUCUGAUCGGGUUUUUCAUUGCUUUUGGCAUCGCCAUGGGGAAGAUGGGAGAGCAGGCCAAGCUGAUGGUGGAAUUCUUCAACAUUUUGAAUGAGAUUGUAAUGAAGUUAGUGAUCAUGAUCAUGUGGUACUCUCCCCUGGGUAUCGCCUGCCUCAUUUGUGGAAAGAUCAUUGCAAUCAAGGACUUAGAAGUGGUUGCUAGGCAACUGGGGAUGUACAUGGUCACGGUGAUAGUGGGCCUCAUCAUCCAUGGGGGCAUCUUUCUCCCCUUGAUUUACUUUCUAGUCACCAGGAAAAACCCUUUCUCCUUUUUUGCUGGCAUUUUCCAAGCCUGGAUCACUGCCCUGGGUACCGCCUCCAGUGCGGGAACUUUGCCUGUUACCUUCCGUUGCUUGGAAGAAAACCUGGGGAUUGAUAAGCGUGUAACCAGAUUUGUCCUCCCAGUUGGAGCAACCAUCAACAUGGACGGUACAGCCCUUUAUGAAGCAGUGGCCGCCAUCUUUAUUGCUCAAAUGAAUGGUGUUAUCUUGGAUGGAGGCCAGAUUGUGACUGUGAGCCUCACGGCCACGCUGGCGAGCGUCGGUGCGGCCAGUAUCCCCAGCGCGGGCCUCGUCACCAUGCUUCUCAUCCUGACGGCUGUGGGCCUGCCAACGGAGGACAUCAGCCUGCUGGUGGCUGUGGACUGGUUGCUGGACAGGAUGAGGACUUCAGUCAAUGUUGUGGGUGACUCCUUUGGGGCUGGGAUUGUCUAUCACCUCUCCAAGUCUGAGCUGGAUACUAUUGACUCCCAGCAUCGAGUGCAUGAAGAUAUUGAAAUGACCAAGACUCAGUCCAUUUAUGAUGACAUGAAGAACCAUAGGGAAAGCAACUCUAAUCAAUGUGUCUAUGCUGCACACAACUCUGUCAUAGUAGAUGAGUGCAAGGUAACUCUGGCAGCCAACGGAAAGUCAGCCGACGGCGGUGUUGAGGAAGAACCUUGGAAGCGUGAAAAAUAAGGAUAUGACUCUCAGCAAAUUCUUGAAUAAACUCCCCAGCUUAUCUUAUGGUAAAAGAGAGUUCAAAACAAGCUUUCUUUAAAAAGAAAAAAAGAUGCAUUUAUUU